UGCAAACCAAUCAAAACCCACAGAGGAACUGUCAAUCAAACUAACGUUUGUGGCUGAGCUAGCGUUUGCGUUAAGAAAACAGGCAUUAAUUUAGAAUUUUCUGAGUUCAUGUAAUGGGUGGUGUGAAGCAAGAGCAAACUGAUGCUCCUGCAUCUAAAGACUCUCAACACACAGAUAAUGCACAAGAGGAGAACCAAUCGACUUCACAGCCAGUAAAGAAGCGAGGCUGGCCAAAAGGGAAGAAGAGAAAGAAGGUUUUACCAAACGGCCCCAAGGCUCCAGUUACAGGUUAUGUGCGGUUCUUGAAUGAGAGACGGGAACACAUCCGAGCACUUCACCCCGAUCUUCCCUUCCCAGAGAUUACCAAGAGACUCGGUGCAGAAUGGAGCCGUCUGGCUCCUCAUGAUAAACAGCGGUACCUAGAUGAAGCCGAAAGGGACAAAAUGCAGUAUGCACGAGAACUCAGGGAGUAUCAAAAAAGUGAAGCUUAUCAGAUCACAUGUGCAAAAGUUCAGGACAAGAGAAUUAAGAGCGAGGAGUUGACUUCUGUCAUUAUCAAUGCCAACAGUUCCGGGUCUACAGGUUUUAAGAACUCCGACUUAACGCCCAGAUUUGACGUCCCUAUUUUCACAGAAGAAUUUUUAGACCAAAACAAAGCACGAGAAGCGGAGCUGCGGCGACUGCGCAAGGCUAAUGUGGAGUUCGAAGAGCAGAAUGCGGUUCUCCAGAAGCACAUUUCCGACAUGUUCAGCGCUAAAGAGCGGCUGGAGGCUGAGCUGGGCCAGGAUGAGCUGCGCACGCAAGCUCUACAGCGCCGCCUUCAGGCCAUCAAACAGACACUGCUCAACAGCCUGGCCACUGUGCCUUUGCCGGGCACGGGCGAGACGCCAUCGAUUGGAACGCUGGACUCGUACCUGAGUCGCUUGAGUAGUGCUUUAGAGAGCAGGCCUCAUGAACAUCGCAACUUAGUCCUCAAGCUACAAGAGCUCUUGGCUCACCUAGACAGUGAGAAGCUUUGAAAACAUGUCUAUAGCUGUGGAGGGAUCUGAACGUCCCAAGCAUUUGGAGGGCCUGGGACCCCAUGCUUUGCAUCACAAGGUGUAACAGGCCAUGCGGUUAAAUGGGAUAUUUUCACUCAACGAUAAGCUAAUUUGUAACACUGUUCAAAAACAUUGACAUGUAAUCUAAUGCACCAUAUUGCUGUUUUCACAAAUACAACAGUACAUUGAAAGACUAAGUCCAUUUAGAAACACGGAAAGCAUGGUUUAAAGGCAUGCUAUGAUUUUUUUACAAGGUAAUAUUGUCUUUAUGAAGUUGUAAUGAAAUGUAAAGUGCAGCGUUUACAUUGGGUGACCUGAACCCUUGCUGCACAGUGCUGUGGAUUGCAAGAACCUCUUGAGAAUUGCUCCUUGAAUUUUAUGAAUAUUAUGAUUUAAACAUUGAAUAACAUUCCUAAUCAUUAUGUUUUCUGAAUUAAAAUUCCUAAAUAAUGUUGAUUUUUCCUUGCAUUCCAUUUUGAACGAACCGUAAGUCAGUUGGCAUUGCAAAGGGAAACCGAAUUCUAGCAUUGAAAUAUUUCAGGUGUCAGCAGUUUACCUUGCUUUAGUGAUGUAGUUGAAUGGAUUUUUUUCAGGAUUGUAUGAAUUAUUUUAAUAUGAAAAAAAAACAACAAUAAAAUCUGGCAAUAGUUA